ACCGAAUGAAAAAGUCUCGAUGGCCCCAAUUACGAACGAACAAACGAACGAACACGAACUUCGGGUAAGAGCGUGCCUCGCUCGCUAAAAGCUCGCGAGUCCCGAAAGACGCCCAGGGCUCUGCCGCCAGAGCUUGAAACGCUGGCGCCCAGAUGGAAGGUCUGAACCCUCUCUGUGUGGCUGUUGUGCGGUCUGCAGGUCUCUUCUUUCGCCUUUUCGAAUGGCACACGGUCCUCUCUUUUGAGAGGGGUACCUUUCCAGGGGGCCGUGCCAUUCCAAGGGCCUCGUCAGCUCCGCGUGUGGUGCCUGGCUGCUUUCAGCGCAUCGCUUCCGUCGGUAGACUUGGUCUUGAUUGUCAUUUGGUAGGCCUAUGUGAUAGAAAACUAUCGCUCCUUGGGUUUCAUGCGGUCUUACUCGGUGAUGCCGCGGAUGCCAUACAAGACUAAGCUAUGCACGAACUACGAGCAGGUAAUGACCACGUUAUGCAAUCUCGCCAUCGCCCCUUCACAAGGUUGCUUGGUCGUUCAGGGUUGUUGCUUUCGUGGCGUUGACUGCGGAUACGCGCACGGACUUGCAUGUGGACUUGUCGAAGUCGAUACCUCAAGUAACAAGCACCACAAAGAGCGACGCCUGCAAUACUCCACUUUCUCUCUUUGUAUGUGUGUGUGUGUGUCUUCCAGGACACAAGACAAGACACGCUUGUGCGAGUUCCUCAAGUUGGGGAGCUGCCCGCGUGGUGCUGAGUGCACCUUCGCUCAUGGCCGGAAGGACCUGCGCCUCACCAAGAUGUGUGACAGCGUGAUAAAUGGUGAGAAGCGCAAGCAUGGGAAGGCUAGAGUUACGGACACUCGUGCGUGGGUUGUCUUGGUGCAGGUAUGGUGCUCGUAUGGCGGCGACUGUCUGUUUGCCUACGAAGAAGAAGAGCUAUCAUGUGUACACAAAAGCAAUUGAGCCACUCACUCGCUUGAAUGUGCAUGCAAAUGUCUUUGCUGUGCGUCGCAUGUUAUGCAGCGUGGAGCGUGUGGUGCGCAUUGGAGAGAUCUACUACAGCCAGGACGCCAUUAGUACGCCAUUCAGGGAUUGGACGAGCCUACAGGAGACGCUAGACGCGCUCACCUCCGGCGACCUCGGUCUGAGCGACAUACCUCAGAUCACCGUCAGAAAAUACGGGGAGCGCUACUAUACGCAGGUACGCUGGCAGGGACAGAGAAUGAAUGCAUGAUAGCAAAAGUGUGUCCGUUCUGUUUUCGUGCAGAACAAUCGCUGUCUGGCAAUGUUGGAGGAGUUCAAAGAAUCCCCGGUUCCCCACACCAUUCCUCGGCCCCAGCAAGGACUGCAUCCGCGUCUCAGUCUGGAUGGAGUCCAUGAUUGAGCAGCACACAAAGAACUGGGACAGGUUCACCACACCCAACCGUGGUGAGUCGGUCGAAUACAGGGGAGAGCCUCUGGUGGCGCGGUGCGGCAGGUGCAAGGAGGAGACGUGUGACUGUGGGACGGUGCGGCGCGUGCCCCGGCAAAGUAAUACCAACCUGUUUUGUGCUGGUUCCGACCUAUUCUUUCCUCCCCUUGUCAUCGCAUGAUUGACUGAAUUAUCGUGCGGUGUCGAUCGCAUGUAGGUGCAUGCAUCCACAUGCCUUGGCUCGGCUCCCUCUUCUCGACAGAUGGACUGCCUGUGGUGUCUGGUGCAUGUCUUGACGCAUCAGUCAGGGUGCGUGCAUGUUGUGCGUCUCUCUCUCGUCACUCUGGGCAACGAGAAGAGAGCCUCGCAUGACAGUAAGUACACAAGAGCUGACUUGCUCUACCUAUGGUUGUGAUGCCUGCCUCCCUCCCUCCUUGCCUGCGUGAAUGCCUGCCUGUGUGCGUCUGUGUUUGUGUGGGUGCAUGUUUGUGGUACUUAUUGAUCAUCGUCAUGAGGGUGUCUAUGAUGUUUUGUGUGCGGUGUGAUGUGACAUACGUUUUCCCAUUUGGUCUUGCUUUCAUUUGGUCUUGGAAAACUGUCGCACCAGCUGGCCGGACGCAGAGAGAGAGAGAGAGAGUGGUUAGCGGUGGACAGCGACACGUACCAUACAUUGACUCAUGAUGGUACUCAGUUAAUCAUCUUCACAUAUCACGCGUCAUCAAA